GUGACAUCUUGAGGUCAAAGGUUUUCAAAAUGGAGGCGUUCAAAACGUAAACAGAAAACCUGCGUUUUUGAAGGACAGAUAUGGGGCUGUUGUCGCGGACGGUGCAGUCUGUGGCGAGGCAGAGGGAGUGGAGUCGCAGACACUUCUGGGGUUGGCUUAAUGCUGUUUUUAACAAGGUGGACCAUGAGCGGAUCAAAGCCGUUGGUCCGGAUAGAGCUGCAGCAGAGUGGCUGCUAAGAUGCGGCGCCAAAGUGAGGUUUGAAGGUUUUGACCGCUGGCAUCAUGACUACAACGGACUGCCAACGGGGCCUCUUGGCAGAUACAAGAUCCAGGCAAUCGAUGCUACAGAAUCCUGCAUCAUGCACAGAGGGUUCGACUACCUGGAUGGCUUAAAAUAUGUGGAGGAAAUUAAACUCAACAAGUGUAUCUACAUCGAAGACAUCUGCCUGGAAAGGUUGAGCUCAGUGGAGAACCUGCAGGCCAGUCUUUACAUGAUGGAGGUGGUUUCAUGUGGAAAUGUGACAGACAAGGGCAUUAUUGCUCUCCAUAAACUCAGGAACUUGGAGUAUCUGUUUCUCAGUGAUCUCCCUGGAAUCAAAGAUAAAGAAAUGACAGUUGACCGGCUGCAGAGGGCGCUCCCACGUCUGGACAUCUCACUGGACCUGGACUGAAGCAAGAGCAGAUGGCUGUUGUGCUUCUGAAGAACGGACGCGCUCCCCCUGUUCCAAACACGAAUGAAAACCCUCAAACAUUCAACUGGAUGUUUGGCUUUGGAUUGUGUGCCUGAAUCAGCCAUUCUACAGUUUAGGCCGUUCCUACUGAUAUUUCUAGGUUUACUGAAGGUCGUUCAGUUCUGCUCGGGAAUUUGUCAUUCUUAAUUUCUUGUAGGAUAAAUGUAAAAUAUAUAUUGACAAUUUGUAGAAAGAAACCUAAGAAUGAGAGUUCCAGGGAUAA